AUGCUCAGCACGGGCACGGAAACUUGGCUUGGAUUGCCUGUCGAGUACCGUUGCCGUUGCAUUGCCUCGGCAACCUUUGCGGUCGCAUCUUUUCGCAAACGUCACACCCUUGAUUUCGUCGGGCUGGUGGCCUGGUCUGUCCGGAUCAACACCAAGCAUCAACGCAUCGACACUCGUCGCCAAGCCAUAAAAAGCCCGAAUUACGCAUUUCUCACUCGAGUACUCUCUAGCGCGAUACCCUCACACAUCGUUUUGCACCUCGUCAUCCACUCUGGAACUUCGCUUCCUCCUACCUCGACAUCUCCUAAAGCUCGGUGCCUGAGCAGCGCGCCCUCCAAGGGCACCUAUUUUGCUCGUCGGAUUCCUGUUGCUCCUCUUCCAUCGAAACGACCUCAUCUCAACACCUAUCAGCCUCACCAGCAGACACAACUCGCCAACGUCGCCCCUCGCCUUGCUGCAGGAUUGGCAUUCCCGUCCUAA